GUGUGUUUGGCUUUGGUGGUUGUUACUGUGAGAAAGAUGACGUCGUUUGGGUCUCUGAAAGCCACCAUCUUCGACAGAGAAGAGAGAAAACAGCAGUAUCAAUCGCAUAUUCGAGGCCUCAAUGCCUACGACCGCCACAAAAAAUUCAUCAACGACUACGUUAAUUUCUAUGGAAAAGAAAGACCUUCAAACAUAAAGUUGCCUAUUAAAACAGAUCAAGAUACACUAAGAGAAGGAUACAGAUUCAUACGGUUGGAGGAAGAUGAUAUGAAUCCAUCGUGGGAACAAAAGCUGGUGAAGCGUUAUUAUGACAAGCUUUUUAAGGAAUACUGUCUUGCUGACAUGUCACAGUACAAAAGUGGUAAGAUUGGUCUCAGGUGGAGGACAGAGAAGGAAGUCAUAUCUGGCAAAGGCCAAUUUAUAUGUGGUAACAAGCAUUGCAAUGAGAAAGAUGGAUUAGCAAGCUACGAGGUGAACUUUUGUUACUUUGAGGCUGAAGAAAACAAACAAGCCCUCGUUAAAUUGGCAACAUGUGAGAGAUGUGCGCACAAACUUAACUACAAGAGGCAGAAAGAAAAGGAGCAGUUAGAAAAAAGACAACAGGAGCAGGGUAGAAGAAAGAGGAACCGUUCAAAAAGUGACGAUGAUCUAGAUGAACUCCAAGAAAGCAAAGAGAGAAAGCAAAAAGGUAAAAGGGCAUCUACUUCAGCCAGUGAUCAUAAAAUUUGCGAUGAAGGUGAUGACGAUAACUUUGACGAGUUCCUUGAGGAGAUGUUUCCCUGAACUUGGCUGAUUGAUUGCCUUACUUAAAAAGUGCGUCUUGACUCCAAAGCUGAGCAAAAUAGCAAAGGUUGGGCAGUGGUGGAGGCAAGUGUUUGAGGUUCAGGUCUGCAGAAACAUGGUAACCCGGAAUACUUUGGACAGAAUUCUUUACCCAGUCAAACCGCUCUAUAUUAUUUCCAUUUAUGAAGACUAUAAAUGUAUAAUAUAUGCUAGGCGAGUUUGUAUUCUGUACAGCUUGUAAAGUAUAGCCUUUUAAUAACAAUAAUGAAAAUUGCUUAGCAGAAGGAU